UCUCUCCUAUCAGAGAGAAGUGCUUUGCUGUCAGCCGCACUCCUCUCCUCUCUCUCUCUCAGUCACCGUUUCUUCCUCAACUUUGUUCAUUUCUCCUCCUCUUCCUCCUCGCUGCUGCUGCUGCUGCUGCUAUAAAUUGAGUAGGAGUCAAGAUGAUGCAGGAAGUGUCCAUCGUGGUGGCAUAUGAUGCCCAUGUAGUUGAGCGGCCGGGUGAAGAGGACACCUUAGCACGUUUGGUUGCUCACUCCAGACCUCUAAGAGCUCCUAGACCUGUGGUCCCAACCAAGAAACUGAAGAAGUUUGAGAAGGAAUAUCAGACGCUGAGAGAGAGUCAGCUCCAGCAAGAAGAUCCCAUUGACCGAUACCAGAGGGAGAACCGCCGUCUUCAAGAGGCCAGUAUGAGACUAGAGCAAGAGAAUGACGACUUGGCCCAUGAGUUGGUUACCAGUAAGAUUGCUCUUCGGAAAGAUCUUGACCAGGCCGAAGACAAGUCUGACGUGCUGAACAAAGAGCUGCUCAGCACCAAGCAACGUCUGGUGGAGACGGAAGAGGAGAAAAGACGGCAGGAGGAGGAGACCGCUCAGCUGAAGGAAGUUUUCAGGAGGGAACUGGAAAAAGCCGAAUUGGAGAUCAAGAAAACCACAGCGAUCAUAUCCGAGUACAAACAGAUCUGUUCUCAGCUCAGCACCAGGCUGGAAAAGCAGCAGGCGGCAACAAAGGAGGAGCUGGACAUUGUCAAGAGUAAAGUAACAGGCUGCGAGCACUGCAGGGACCUGUUCAGCACAAUGGGGUCCCUCCAGGUGUCGUCGCCAGGCCAUGACAAAGCCUGCUCAGAGCCGCUGGACGAGGAGAAGGACGGACUGAAGGAGCAGCUCAGGCAGAUGGAAUUGGAGCUGGCACAGACCAAACUACAGCUGGUGGAGGCCAAGUGUCGCAUCCAGGAGCUCGAGCACCAACGAGGAGUCCUGAUGAAUGAGAUCCAGGCAGCCAAGAACUCUUGGUUCAGCAAGACGUUGAGCUCUUUGAAGAGCUCCGCCUCCUCUUCGGCCGGCUCUUCAUCGCAGAGCCCGUCUUCUCCAAAGGAGGGCCCUGCUUAGAACUCCGAACUUUGUUGAGGGAUACGAGUCAGAGGAACGAGCAAGUGGAGAAAUGCAGUGUUCCUUUUCUGGCUAUCUGGACUGCAUAUGGCUAGAAAAAUGAAGGAUGAAACCCAUUCACAAGGGAUCAAAAACAUGAGCUGCAGUAGUGAGGCUUGAUAGGAAUCCUGUUUAGGUUCGGCGGUCUAAUGCGUUUGUUCCUUUGCGUCCCCCCCAAACCUCACUGGAGAGUUGAAUGGUGCCCAUCUUGUGGCCAAGUAUUGCUACUGCAGGAUUAAAACCAUUUAAAUUUUAAAAAAUGUAGGUAGCUCACGUUUUAUUCUCACAUUAUGAACACCGCAUAGAUACUCUGAAAAGGAAUACUGCAUUGAAUUGUAACCAAGAACAACACAACAUUUGUGUUUCUUUAUAGAAAUAUAACUUAAUGUCCUAACAAAUGUUUAAAACUAAUUAUUGUUUUUUGUAAUAAGCUUGUACAGUUCCUAAAGAGGUUAAAACAGGAAAAAAGAAAAAAAAACUCUGUAGUUGAUAUUAGCGCAGUGUGCAAUUAUUCUGGUUGAGUCUGAAUGCUGACGGGCCAGAACAACAUGCUCUACGUAUCAUACUUCCUUUCUUUUGUUAGCCAUAUUUCCAGUUGAUGCCUCCAAGUAUUUCCUGAUUUUAAUGGAAGCAGAUCCCUUAAAUUAUGAAGGCUUUUUUUUUUUUUUAGAACCAAGAGGUCCUGUUUUCCCCUUUUUAGUCCGUUUCUGGAAUCAGCAUAUCUCAGUGAUGCACAUUUUUACUGAAAUUGCUACAUAUUAAUCUUAAUUGCAGCAAUUUAUUUAGGAAUGUUAUAGUCUCAUCCAUUAAUAUGCCAUCUUCAUUGCCAAAAUUGGGAAGGUCACCACCAACACCUUAUUUGCCGUUUAUUGCAAUAAAAACUAACCUUUUUGUUUAAUAGUGGCGGUGGAGCGCAAAUGAUGACUUGAAAAUAUCUUAGCUGAGCGUGGCAAAGUUUUAUAAAAAAUAUUUCAAAAUGACUUUAUUUGUUCCAGUACUUUUCUGGUAUUUGCAUUUAUUUUAUGUGAGCAGGACAAUUUCUGCAGUUUCGGUGCCAAUACGUUACUUUAAUCCAGCUGGACUCUAACCAAGCCAAGUGUGUGUGUGUGUGUGUGUGUGUGUGUUACACCAUCUCAAUGGGUUGCCUUUUUGUUAAUGACCGACUGGUGGUCCUUGUGCAGCUUCAUUGGACCAAACGCACCAGAUUAACAACGACACCGAUAGGCCGAUUUUGUCAUUUCCACACAUUCCUUCUGCAAUGUGACCGUCCAACAACAAACUGUGGCCAAAACAUUCAUCACACGCACUAGCUGUAACACUAUUGCAGCGAUCGCUUUUACCGUUUUAAGAAGCACAGAGGGAAGUUAUUUUUAAUGGAAUGUUGACUCUUGUCGCAGACAAGACAGCUGCCCGUUUAUAAUUCACCUGUUCACUUUGACCGACUCUCGUUCGCUUUCCCUGAGAGACAACGAGCGACUUUGAUGUUAAAUCCCUGUCUGACCUGCGUUAAUAAAUGUCAGUGCUUCUUUUCAA